GGGCAGCCCCAGGCCGCGUGCCGCGGGGCGGCAGUCGCUCCCUAGACAGCGGGGCUGGGCAGCUGGGUCCCCCCCGACAGGAUGCCGGAGAAGCGGCUCUCGGCGGAGCCGCCAGAAGUUACAGAAGACGAGUUUGAAAAUUAUUUGGCAACAGACAACUUCCUUGUGGAUUACUUUAAUGAGUUCUUAAGUCUUCCUACCUUUCCAGAGGCAAUUAGAUUUAAUGUAGACUAUGGAGUUUUUGAAGUAGUUAAUGAUGCACCACAACUUCUGGAAAAGCAACUGAAAAAAAUUCUGCAAAACCAGCAACCUCGGAAUCCCAUUUAUGACGUUGUGAGGAAAGGGAAGAGUGACAGUAAAUCUACUCAGAAAAGUGUCCCCUGCGAAGACGAGGCCAUCAACGUCAACUACAGCAUCAUGUGUCUCAAGCGUGAACAAGGUAUUGAUUGGAUCAAAAGGGAAAGACUUCCGGCAUUUCUGGAAAGCGAUUGCUACUUUGAAUACAGGCUAGCAAAGUUGAUCUCGCAAGCAACAUGGAGCAGCACAGGCAUGAAUUUCAUAGUGGGUACAAACUUUACUCCCUGGAUCCUCAGAAGACCGCCUGCUCCACCUCCUCCCAGCACCGACGAAGACAAUUAUAUGAUUAUGAAGAAGUUCUACGUUUCACUUGGCCAGGCUUCCUAUACUCAAACAAAAGACUGGUUUACACUAGCCAAAGAGAGUGAGAAUACAGUAACGAUGGCUUCAUUACCCUGCUGUAUACCCCACCACCAGACUGCAUCCCCAGUUAUUGCCACAGCUUCUGAGAUUUUUGAUGAUGGAGUUCACCCCAGGACAAUAAAAAGCCUGUCCAAAACCUCUAAAGUAUUUUCCGAGCUGGAUGAAGAAGAGGGGUCUAUAUCAAUGAAAGACUCACCUUCUCAAGCUCUUCUGAGGAUAUACCUGGAGAAGAAGGAUGAGAAGGAAAGAAACCUGACCCUGCACUUCUCGUCUGUUGAAGAAUUCCUAGAUGCCUACAUCAUCUUUAUCCUGAGAGAGGCCAUCCAGCACAUCACGGGCCAGUCCCUUAGUGACACUCCGGAAUAUAUCAACUAUUACAAAGUGUCCCAUGUGAUAUUUGAUAAAGUCCCACCUGUGCCUAGCAACAAGGCUAUAGUUUCACCCCCUGUUGAAAUGGUAGAGGAAAUCUCAAAAGAUAAAUUGGAAAAUGUAAGUUUAAGUUCAGAGAGCGAGAGUGUUGGGCCUGAGAGCAGGGCAGACUGGUGCAUCUCUCACAGGACCUAUGACAUUGGCAACAGAAGGGAAUUUGAAAGAUUUAAGAAGUUUCUAAAGGGCACACUAGGAGAGAGGUACUGGUGGCUGUGGAUGGACAUAGAGAGGCUGAAAGUUCUUAAGGACCCUGAAAGACAUCAAAGACAUCUUGAGAAAAUGAAAAAAUGCUACCUUGUGAGCAAUGGGGAACGCUACCUUUCUGCAGAAAUCUUAUCGAAGUUUAAGCUGCUGCAUGGAUCCCGGUGGACAGCAGACCACUUGAAAAACAUUCAGGCUGAGGUUUUAAAACCUCUGCUUCUGUAUUGGGCACCAAGAUUUUGUGUAACACAUUCAGCUUCAGCAAAAAAUGCUAGCACUGAGCUGAAGUUCUGGCGCCUCCGUCAAGAGAAGCCCAGGAAGGAUGUUGACCCUUUUCCACAGAUGGCCACCCUCCUGCCAUUAAGACCGAAGUCCUGCAUUCCACAGACCCCUGAGGUCCAGGGAGAAGAAAUCGAUUUAUUUCAACCAUCUAAAUUUAAGAAAUUAUCAAAAAUAAAUGCAGGGACUCAACAACUUGGGAGAAGUGAGCCUCUGAAUGCAGUUUCUUCUAAGGAUGGCGGGCUUGAGAAAGGGUCAAAGAGGCUACCAGAGAGCACCACUGUGGUCCGCUUGACAUCUUUUACUGACAUCUCCGAGUGUCUGAAGCCCCAGCUGGAGAGAAAAUACACUUACACAGAAGAGCAUAAUGUUAAAACUGUAUCAAAUGUUGGAGCCUUGGGAGGAUUUGACAUGGAAAACUUGUUGCAGUCCUUGUAUGUAGAAAACAGAGCUGGAUUCUUCUUCACUAAAUUCUGUGAGAAUUCGGGGAACAAGCUGUGGAAGCACAGUGUGUACUUUUGGUUUGACCUCCAGGCUUAUCAUCAGCUGUUCUACCAAGAAACACUUCAACCUUUCAAAGUAUGCAAGCAAGCCCAAUAUCUUUUUGCCACUUACAUUGCUCCGUCAGCCAGUUUCGACAUUGGACUCCAUCAGGAAGGGAAGAAAGACAUUUACAUGAAAAUACAGCCACCAUUUGAAGAUCUUUUUGACACAGCAGAGGAGUUUAUCCUUCUCAGCCUUCUGGAACCCUGGACACAGAUGGUGAUGUCAGACCAGGUGGCUUACAAAAAGGUGGAACUACAAGAAGAGACUCGACAACUAGAUUCUGCAUAUUUCAGAAAGCUACAUGCUUUGCAUAAGGAAACAAUUUCCAAGAAGGCUGAGGACACCACUGGCUAUGCAAUGGCCACACUGUCACUCUCGGAUGUCUCUAAACAAACAGAGUAUUGGCUUAAUGUCCCCGAGGAAUACAAGCACCUUACUUUUAAUGACCUACUUAACAACAAACUGGAAUUUGAACAUUUCCGUCAGUUUCUUGAGUCUCAUUCUUCAAGCCUUGACCUUAUGUGUUGGAUAGAUAUCGAACAGUUCCGAAGAAUCGUUUUUAAAGACCAAAAGCAAAGAGAGGAAAAAUCUAUAUACAUUAAAAACAAAUACCUUAAUAAAAAAUAUUUCUUCGGACCCAGAAGUCCAGCUUCUUUGCAUCAACAGAACCAGAUUAUGCUUCUGAGCGGAGGCUGGGGCAGGAUUCUGCAUGAGCAACUUGACGCAUCUGUGCUGGUGGAAAUCCAGAAGCACGUCUUGAAUAGGUUGGAAAAUGUGUGGCUGCCAUUGUUUCUCUCGAGUGAACAGUUUGCAUCACGUCAGAAGAUAAAGACACAGAUGAAAGACAUAGCGGAUGAGCUAUUACUGCAGAGGCAUGACAGGAAAAUUGGAGUUUGGAAGCCUGUGGAGAGUAAGUGGAUAUCUUCAUCCUGUGAGAUUAUUGCUUUCCGUAAAGCAUUAUUGAAUCCAGUCAUUGCAAGGCAAUUUCAACGGUUUGUGGCCCUGAAAGGAGAUUUGUUGGAAAAUGGAGUUCUUUUUUGGCAAGAAGUACAAAAGUUUAAGGAUUUGUGCCACUCACAUUGUGACGAAUCUAUCAUCCACAAGAAGAUUACAACCAUCAUCAACUGCUUCAUUAACUCCUGUAUCCCACCAGCUUUACAGAUUGAUAUUCCAGUUGAGCAAGCCCAGAAGAUCCUUGAACACAGGAAGGAGCUGGGGCCCUAUGUGUUCCGAGAGGCACAGAUGACAAUUUUUGGGGUUCUGUUUAAGUUUUGGCCACAGUUUUGUGAGUUUAGGAAGAAUUUAACUGACGAGAAAAUCAUGAGUGUUUUAGAGAGAAGACAAGAACAUAAGCAGAAACGGAAAGCAUCAGACAUAGAAGAGGACAAGGCUGGAAAGAGUGGAGUUAAGCAGUAUGCAAGUACUACAGGCUCUCUUACAAAACCUGUCUUAGGCAGCGAGUCCCUACUAGUCCUGCAGUCCUAUGGUCGACAGCCAACCUGGUGUUAUUCAAAGUACAUAGAAGCCUUGGAACAAGAACGAAUUCUUCUGAAAAUCCAAGAAGAAGUGGAAAGAAAAAUGUUCACAGGUACAUCAUCUUUCACAAACUUGCUUAAGCCUUCCACUGGCUCCGCUCUGUCUCUGAAGAAGAAUGUGUCUCUUCACAGCAUCCAGAGAUAGCAGCUUUCCAGCCCAUGCUCAGAUCCUCCUGCUGACAAGCACCAGGAUUUCUUUAAGUCAACGUUAACUAGCAUGAGAAGCUGAUGCCCAGGGUGUUGAAUAGUCCACGUUCCUUUAGAAUACAUCUAUGAUAGGCUAGAAGAAUUAAAGACUUUUGACUAUCAUACUCUAUAAGGAAAAGCAUGUGUAAUCUUUAACAGAGAUCCCUCGCAGGCUCACCAUCUCUGUUUAGCAGAUCUAUUCACUGAAUGACUAGGGGUGUAACUAUUCCUAGUGUAACUGACAGGAAACACAGAAGAGCCCUCCACCCCGAUUCCAGCGGUGGUGGAGCUACGGAAGCACUGGUCUCUACACAGCGGUACCCACAGGACCCACACAAUGAGGGCUAGCAUUUCAGGUGCCUUGAACCACUCCAUGCAUGCCUUCCAGACACCUUGUUGAUUUCAAUUCAGACUUGCACUACAGACUACUCUUGAUGCAGACUGUUAGAGCCAAAAGAAACAGUGCUAAGAAAGGGAGAAGCCCUGGUGCAGGCUCCACAUGUGGCAAAGGAGAACCAGACCACAUGUAAGAGAAGACCUGAGAGGGGCCCUUGUGACCCACAUAACUAAGGCAUUCCAAGGACUACAGCCUGGACUAGAAGUUACGUCCUAUAGUCCCACACAGUCCUGAGAUGUCUUUUCAAAGAUAAAACUGUCACCCCAAAUUCUCCAGGUAGUUUGGAACUUUAAAUAGGGACCGUAUCAACUAACAUACUUGGAAGGUCCCCUCUCCUCUAAAGAAGGGACUCAGGCAUUUGCCAUCUGUUUGCUUUUGGAGGUGAGGAUCUUGCUGUGCUCUCCAGGCUGUCCUCAACCCUCCUGAGUCUCUGGGAUUACCAGACAAGGUGUGGAUCGCCGUGCCCUGCUAGAUAGAAUGUCCCUGGCACCGUGCCUGCAAAAGCCCUCUUCGGUGGCUGUGGAACUGGUCACUGUUUCACAAAGCCCUGAAAGAGCUUGAUGUCUCAUGGACUUUGGUCUUUCUCCCUCCUCUGCUUCAGCUGAGAUUUUAUCGAUUUGUUUGUUUUCCUGAUGUUCAAUUUUCUGUUCUCUCAACAUGUUAAUUAUAAUUCUCUAGAAAGUGUUUUUCCCAGUUGUCAAUGUUCACUACAGCUAAUAAGAGCCUACUUCCUGGCCACAGUAUUGGGCUGC